AUGAAAGCUGAAAGCCCAAACUUCUUCGUCUCUCUUGAACAACCGUGGAAAUUUCUUCCUUCAAAGGCAAGAGUGAAUCAACUGCUUUUACAAUGUUACCUUGCUGUUUUCGCUAAAAAAGCUCUUUCACUUUUUGUUCAUCUCACCCCUUUUCAGGCGAUGUCGUUCGACUUAGAGAGCUGUGAGCUCUCCUCGUCAUCAUGCUCAAUUGACGAUAAACUACCAUCCACCAACAAUCUGAUACGAGGCAAGGAAGGACAAUACGCAGUUGGUCGAAAACUUGCUCAAGGUCGCUAUGGUGCUGUUUACGAGGUUUUACGUAAAUCCGAUGGAAGGCCAUUUGCAUGCAAACUCGAAAUAUGCGGUGCAAACUCUCAUGGCUUGGAUAUGGACUAUGUGGUGAUGAGUCAAGCAGCUAAACGAGGUUUUUUUUGUUUUUCGUACCUGCAGGGUUGA